AUGGCCUCCUGUGUAGUGUUCACAAGUUCAGUUCAGUCUGGUUUUUUGCCCCCAAAACACACAACCAUGGACCACAACCAGUCUAGGAUCAACCCAGAUAUUGAGGGAACCGAACUGAACCACCUAGGACUGGUCUUUUGCAGUCUAUGGAACUGA